UGUGUUUGGUCACGUGUAUCAGUUCAGAACAAGCGUUGCGCAGCUGCACCGAUGAGGCAGUACCUGGAUGGGAUAAUGUCGCCUACGGUCGUAGCCUGUACUAGUCUAUGCCUACUAUUGUACAUAGAGAUCAUUACGUUUGCAUUAUGCAUCUGCGCAGCAUUUACUGUAAAAUUAUGCCGGUGAGUAGGCUACAGGGUAAACAAAUCAAUGGACUAGCAGUCAGAACAAAGGUAACUAUUGCCACAGUACGUGUGAUAAACCUGGUCUUUCAUUAAUGUCACAGCUUCCACGGAACAGAGGAAAUUAAUGGAACUGAUUUAUUUUGUAAACUUAAUUCACGGCUAGCUAGCCGGUUUGCAGCGUUACCAAAGCGACAAAAAUGACAAAAAAACGUGCAGAUGUGCUCUUCUUCCUUCUACCUCUUGAAAUAAUAUAAAUGUGAAUUUAAAUUCUAGCUGGGAGGUUAUCGUAACAUUUAAAAUGAAAAGAAUUUCGCCAAUGAACUGUGUUUCUGAACGCGUUCGAAAGGCUACGGUAUCAACGACUGAACAGUUCGGUACGGUCGUCUGUCAAGCCGGCGGAUCGAAUUCUUCUGGUGACCCACCAGUUGAAGCGUGGGGCACCGAAGCAAAACCGGGGGGCGCUGGCAGUAUCAGGCUGUGUCGGGGACAUCAAGAAGUCGGCUUUUCAAAGGAUGGAUUCGCUGAGCACAAGGAGAAUGGACAGCUCUACUCUGACAUCGACACUCAGGGCCCCCAGAAGCAGGUGUUUGACAACCUCGGCUAUGACCCAGGCAGCCAGAGCGAGCUGCACGUGCAGGAGAUGGGCCAGCAGACCCAGGUGUGUGGAUUGGGCAAGGCAGGUGCGACACCCAGGGAGGCCCAGGUGAACAUCCAGGUGGAGGGUAUGACCUGCCAGUCGUGCGUGAGCACCAUCGAGGGUUAUGUGGGCCAGCUUGCGGGUGUGGUGGGUGUCCAGGUGUCACUGGAUGACCGCAAGGCCACCAUUUCCUACACCCCCCACACGAUCCAGCCCGAGCAGCUCAGAGCCGCCAUCGAGGACAUGGGUUUUGACGCCACUCUGAUGCCCACGGCCCCGCCCCUCACAACCGCAGCCACGCCCUCACCCGCUUGCCUGGCUCCUGUGGAAGGAGGGCGCUCCUUGCAGGAACAGGGUGUUGUGGGGUCAGAGGUUGCAGGGGGGUGGUACGGGGUCACUCUGGCGGUGGAGGGGAUGCACUGCCAAUCCUGCGUGAGGAGCAUCGCGACAACGCUGAGCGGAAUGGCGGGAGUGCGUCACGUCUCCGUCUCCCUGGAGACGCGGAGCGCCCACCUGCAGUACCUCCCUUCCCUGGUCACCUCGGAAACGCUGAAGCAGGCGGUGGAGAGCCUGCCCCCAGGGGGUUUUAGGGUGGCACUACCCGCUGGGACCCCGGCCGGCUCUGCACUCAUUGCUAAGGAUGAUGGGAAGGCGGAGGCGGCCGCACGGACUGUCCUCGUGGCAAUCGUGGGAAUGACCUGCCACUCCUGUGUGCAGUCCAUCGAGGGAGCGAUCUCCCAGAGGCCCGGCGUGCUCUCUGUGCAGGUCUCUCUCUCAGAGGGGCGGGGCACAGUCUGCUAUGACCCCGCCCUCACCCACCCCGAGGAGCUGCGGGCCGCCAUUGAGGACAUGGGCUUUGACGCUUCGCUGCCAGGGGCUACUUCUGCGGGGGUGGGCCCAAAUCCCCCAGGGCUUACUGAGGACAGCACUGGCAUGCCCCUUGAUGCGUCCCACGCAAUCAACACCCAGAGCUCAGCGGACGUGAAGACUCAGAAGUGCUUCAUCCACGUGACGGGCAUGACCUGCGCUUCCUGCGUGGCCAACAUUGAGAGAAACCUCCAGAAACACAAAGGGAUCAUGUCGGUCCUGGUGGCCCUCAUGGCAGGAAAGGCGGAGGUGAAGUACAAUCCCCAGAUCCUGGACCCGCCCCGGAUUGCUCAGCUCAUCAGAGACUUGGGCUUUGGUGCUACGUUGAUGGAGGACAACGCCAUCAUGGAUGGAAAACUGGACCUCAUUAUUACAGGGAUGACAUGUGCAUCGUGUGUCCACAAUAUCGAGACCAAGCUGAAGAGGACUACAGGCAUUCUGGAGGUCUCAGUCGUGCUGGCAACCAACAAAGCUCACGUCAAGUUUGACCCAGAAGUACUUGGAGCUCGGGACAUAAUCAGGGCUAUUGAGGGUCUGGGGUUCGGGGCUUCUCUCAUGAAGAGCGAGGGGAUCGGUAACCACCUGGACCACCAGGAGGAGAUUCGACAAUGGAAGAACUCCUUCCUGUUCAGCCUGGUUUUCGGGGUGCCCGUUAUGGGCCUGAUGAUCUAUAUGAUGGUGAUGGACAGUCAGCACCAGGCUCAUGGUGGCUCCAUGCCCCCUGAGCAGAACCUGCUGCCUGGCCUCUCCAUCAUCAACCUGGCCUUCUUCCUGCUCUGCACGCCCGUACAGGUUCUUGGGGGACGGUACUUCUACAUCCAGGCCUACCGGUCGCUCAAACACAAGACGGCCAACAUGGAUGUGCUGAUCGUGCUGGCCACAACCAUCUCCUACAUCUACUCCUGUGUGGUUCUCCUGGUCGCCAUGCUGGAAAGGGCGGAGCACAGUCCCAUCACGUUCUUUGACACCCCGCCUAUGCUGUUUGUCUUCAUUGCCCUUGGCCGCUGGCUGGAGCAUGUGGCUAAGAGUAAGACGUCUGAAGCUCUGGCCAAACUGAUGUCUCUUCAGGCCACUGAUGCCACAGUAGUGACGCUCGGCACAGACAACUGCAUUAUCGGUGAGGAGCAGGUGUCCGUGGAUCUGGUUCAGAGGGGGGAUGUGGUCAAAGUGGUUCCUGGAGGGAAAUUUCCGGUGGAUGGGAAAGUGAUUGACGGAAGUUCCAUGGCAGAUGAGUCGCUCAUCACAGGUGAGCCCAUGCCGGUCAGUAAGAAGCCCGGCUGCACAGUGAUGGCUGGUUCCAUUAACGGCCACGGCUCCCUGCUGGUGAAGGCCACGCACGUGGGCGCAGACACCACCCUCUGCCAGAUCGUCAAACUGGUGGAGGAGGCGCAGACCUCCAAGGCCCCAAUCCAGCAGUUUGCGGACAGGCUGAGUGGCUACUUUGUCCCUUUCAUCGUCAUCGUCUCUGUGGCAACGCUCGUAGCGUGGCUCGUCAUUGGCUUUGUGAAUUUUGACAUUGUCGCCGAGUACUUUCCCGGCUACGAUAAGAACAUCCCCAGGACGGACGUGAUCGUGCGCUUCGCCUUCCAGGCCUCCAUCACCGUGCUGUCCAUCGCCUGCCCCUGCUCGCUGGGCCUGGCCACGCCCACCGCCGUCAUGGUGGGGACGGGCGUCGGCGCGCAGAACGGCAUCCUCAUCAAGGGAGGAGAGCCGCUGGAGAUGGCCCACAAGAUCAAAGUGGUGAUGUUCGACAAGACGGGCACCAUCACGAACGGCGUGCCGCGCGUCACCCGGGUGCUGGUUCUGUGGGAGCGGGCGCGGCUGCCCCUGCGGAAGAUCCUGGCGGUCGUGGGCUCGGCAGAGGCCAGCAGCGAGCACCCGCUGGGGGCGGCGGUGACCAAGUACUGCAAGGAGGAACUGGAGACAGACAUGCUGGGGUACUGUCAGGACUUCCAGGCAGUCCCGGGCUGUGGGAUCAGCUGUAAGGUCUCUAACAUUGAGGGGAUCCUGCUGGCCGGCCCCAACAGCCGCAACGCGGAGAACACACAGCUGACCAUCCACGGAGUCACCACCGACGAGUCCAGCCUGGUGAUCGACCCCGACCCCGCCCCUGCAGGCCCCUCCUACUCAGUUCUGAUUGGGAACAGAGAGUGGAUGAGACGCAACGGCCUGCACGUCAACACCGACGUGGAAGACGCCAUGUCCAGUCAUGAGAUCAAAGGGCAGACCGCCAUCCUGGUGGCCAUUGAUGGCGUGCUGUGCGCCAUGCUCGCCAUCGCCGACACGGUGAAGGCGGAGUCCGCCCUGGCCGUCCACACGCUGAACAGCAUGGGUAUCAGCGUGGUGAUGAUCACCGGCGACAACCACCAGACAGCCAAGGCCAUCGCCGCACAGGUGGGCAUCAGGAAGGUGUUUGCAGAGGUGCUGCCCUCGCACAAGGUGGCCAAGGUGCAGGAGCUGCAGGAGCAAGGCCUGAAGGUGGCCAUGGUGGGGGACGGGGUCAACGACUCGCCCGCCCUGGCCCGGGCCGACGUGGGCAUCGCCAUAGGAACCGGCACCGACGUGGCCAUAGAGGCGGCGGACGUGGUGCUCAUCCGGAACGACCUGAUGGAUGUGGUGGCCAGCAUUGAGCUGUCUAAGAAAACGGUGCAGCGGAUACGCAUAAACUUCGUCUUCGCCCUGAUCUACAACCUGCUGGGGAUUCCCAUAGCAGCUGGUGUGUUCAUGCCUGUAGGGUUGGUAUUGCAGCCGUGGAUGGGAUCCGCAGCCAUGGCUGCCUCUUCAGUGUCUGUGGUGGUUUCAUCUCUGUUGCUCAAACUGUAUAAGAAGACGUCGACGGAAAAGUACGAGAUGCGGGCGCAGGGUCAGAUGCGGAGUCUGAGCCCCUCCCAGGUGAGCACGCACGUGGGCCUGGACGACCGCCUGCGCAACCCCCCCCGCAGCCCCGCCCUGGGCCUGUGGGACCGCGUCAGCCGCAGCAGCCGCCGGUCGCUCGCCUCCUCCCUGUCCGACCGCGACCGCGACCGCUCCUCCCCCCACCAGGACCGCCGCUCCCUGCUGGACAGCGAUCGCGGAGACGAUCUCAUGGCCUAGUCUGCGGGGGUCUGUGGGGGGUGUGGGGGUGGG